UUUUCCAGUCAAACAGUUCAGGACGGUGCCGCACUCUACGAGUCCACUGCCUCAAUAUUCAUCGCUCAACUCAUUGGAAGACAACUUUCAUUCGGUGAACUGAUCACAGUCAGCAUCACCGCGACCCUCUCUUCAAUCGGAGCUGCUGCCAUACCGAGCGCUGGUCUCACAACAAUGUUAAUUGUAUUGAAUGCACUUCGACUACCUAUAGACAACAUUUCUCUACUUCUAGCUGUCGACUGGUUCUUGGACCGUCUUCGUACAUGUGUCAAUCUCCUCGGCGAUGCUUUUGGUUGUGGACUGGUAUACCAUCUCAGCCGAAAAGAGCUGGAUGAGCUGUCAAUGGAGAAGGAUGCUGUUAAUGACAAACAUAUUCCUUCGGAUUUUGAAGGGAACAAGAAGAUCAAGGCCACGACACUUCUCUCGACUAUCACAACAAUAUCGCCCCAUUAA